AUGUCCAACUACUUCGUUUCUUCAGCAGAGGCAGAGAAUAGGCGCUUAGAGCAGGCUUCUGCUGUGGUAAGAGCGUAUAUGGAUGGAAAUGUCUUCCUUGCCCCUAUCGACACAGCACGCGGGAACCUUAAAAUACUCGAUAGUGCUACUAAUAACGGGUUCUGGUUGUCUCAGUUCCAAGCUUCUCUCAAAGAUCCAAAGUCAGCUACAUUAAUUGGAACCGACCUUCAGGAUCGGUUUCCCAAACCCCCGCAGCCAGGAAUCAGCUUUCAGAUCCAAGAUAUUAACGAGCCAUGGCCAAAGUCUUGGAAGUCAACAUUUGACUACGUGCAUCAAACUCUGGUGCUAUUCCAGGCGGGCCCGAAACAGCGUGAGGCCAUUAACUCUCUCGGAGAGCUCGUGAAGCCCGGUGGUUGGAUUGAACUGAUGGAACCUCAAUAUGAAGCAACUGAUGAUAACAAAGGGCCGGCCUAUAAGCAGUUCCUUAAUAUGUUGGACGAGUUGUGGACUAUGAGGGGCACGAAGAGCGGUUUUGCCGCUGACCUAGAGGGUAUAGUUAAAGACGCUGGCUUUGUGGACGUCAAAAGCGUGCUAUUGCCUAUUGGCGUAGGUCCUAAGCAUAAAGACCCAGGAUUAGCCGGUGUCAGCGUCGAGAGUACCGUGGGUGGUGGUAAGAAUAUUACUAUAGCUGGGAAAUCUAUUCCAGGAGGACUCAAGUCUAUUUCCGCAAAAGAUUUCGAGACCUGGCCAGCGCGCUUUGAAGAGGAGUUGAAGACAAAAGGAGCCUAUAUGCCCUUAAGGGUGGUGUACGGCAGAAAACCCGAAUCCUAA